CGCCUCCCAUCUCAUCCCUCCCCCGUCUCGCUCGAGCUCUGUUGGAGAGAGGCAGGCAGGAGCUCAGGGCAGGCCAGGCCAGGGGAUACGGUUCACGAGCUCUUCCUCUUUCUCGACACCGCCGAUCCCGCCGCCACGCGCCGCCCGCAGCGGAGGUGAGGGCAGCCCGCUCCCGGCCUCGGUUUAGUGCCAGAUGACACAAUAAUCCUAGUAAAGAUAGAAAGGCAAUUGAACACUUGGAGGAACAUUGCGUUUCUGGUAACUGAGGUUUGUGCUUGUUUGUAGAUGGAGAGAUUAAGCACCAACCAGCUCUACAAAUCUGGAGUUCCUGUAACCAUACCAACAUCUCUGCCUUCUAUACCAGCUUCUCUGGAUGAGAGCUUCCCGAGGCUUCCAGAUACACAGAGUGUUUUGAUGGAGAGAGAAUUGAGGAGCACUCCACUACCAACUCACCAGACCACUGUUGCUCCUAUCCGUGGUCAUUUUCACUCCAAUACUGGAUCUGUUGGACCUCUGUGCUCACCUCCGUCUGUAAGGUUCUGUUCGCUUUCGAAUCCUGAUCAAUACUCCAACCACAAUCCAUACAAUUCUCAACCACCAAGCACUGCAAGUUCUUCAACACUGAAUUAUGGGUCACAAUAUGGAGGCUUUGAACCUUCCAUAACCGAUUUCCCAAGAGACGUUGAACCAACCUGGUGCCCUGAUCCAGUUGAGAGCAUCCUUGGAUACUCUGGUGAUGUCCCUGCUGGGAAUAAUGUGACUGGGACCACUUCUAUUGGCGCUUCAGAUGAUCUUACUAAGCAAACUGAAUGGUGGACAGAGUUUAUGAAUGAGGAUUGGAAGGACAUGGUUGAUAUCCCAACUUCCACAGAAACUCAACAGGUUGGGCAACCUGUGCAAUCAUCCAUCUCCGUUCAUCAAUCAGCUACCCAACAAACAGUUUCGUCUCAAUCUGUUGAACCGUUGGCAGUUGUGGCACCCUCACCCACUGCUGGCUCCAAUACUGCCAAGGCACGCAUGAGAUGGACUCCUGAACUUCACGAGCGCUUUGUGGAUGCUGUCAAUCAACUUGGUGGCAGUGAAAAAGCAACUCCUAAGGGUGUCCUGAAGCUAAUGAAGGCCGACAAUUUGACCAUUUAUCAUGUAAAAAGUCAUCUUCAGAAAUACAGAACAGCUCGAUACAGACCAGAGUUAUCUGAAGGCUCUUCUGAAAAGAAAGCGGCAUCUAAAGAAGAUAUACCAUCUAUUGACUUGAAAGGGAGUUUUGAUCUCACUGAAGCACUUCGGCUCCAGUUGGAACUUCAAAAGCGGCUUCAUGAACAGCUUGAGAUACAAAGAAGUUUGCAGCUAAGAAUUGAGGAACAAGGGAAGUGUCUUCAGAAGAUGCUAGAGCAGCAGUGCAUACCGGGGACAGAAAAGGCACAGGAUGCUUCAACCACUGCAGAUGAAUUGAAGUUACCUUCUGAAAUUCCAGAAUCUUCUACCGUCAAGGAAGUUCGAGAAAACUGUCAAAAUGGAUCAACCAAGCAAACAGAAUCAGCUAACGGCCAAUAAUUUGCAAGCAUGAAAUGGGUUCAUGACCUGAUUGGUUGUUUCCAGGCUUGAAUCAAGUUGUUUUUGUCCUUUUGUGGGAACAGAUGAACGCAAUUGGUAACUUCUUUGCAAAGCCUGGCAAGGUGCAUGUAACUAGGAGUUAGUUGUGUAGUACCCACCAUCACGGUAUCACUCAAUCUCCGUGUUACGUGGAUGAUGUAGUCUUCAGAAGACAGCGCAGGCACAAUGUCAGGGGUUUGACUUGUUUUUUUUCCCCUUUUGUUAGGUAUCAAUUAGCAUCUGCUAGGCAUUUGAUUAUGGGCUAAUUCAAGUAUUUACAAUAAUGUUUAGCACCUGUUUAGAACAUGGUACCAAAUAUGAUGAAGGAUGUGUUGCCUUUAUAUGAGAGAGAGAUUUCAACCGCUUCGGUUCGGUCUCA